GCACAGUGUGAUUGUUGAAAAACCUUGAGAGAGUGCUUUUGGGUCUGUUGGCUAAAGAGGCUUGCAGCUAUAAGCUAAGAAACUGCUUCUUUUGUUCUUGAUUCGUUCUGCAUUCAAAGAAACAGGACAUGUACAUUACUUGCAAAUAAACAAGGUUGCAUCUGAGAAAAUACCAGACUCCAUCAAUUUCGACAUCCAACUGGAACAUCCAUAAGGCCCUAAACUUUGACUAGCUGUGUGGGUCAAAAAGGGGCAACAAUACUUCAAAUUUAGCCAAAAACAAGCUUAGAGGCAGAAAAAUAUGUUGUUGAUAGGAAUUUACAGGAGCGAUUUGCAUUGUAUAGCUGAAUUAACUUGGUGUUUGCUUGUUACCUUGUACAUUUCCUUGAUGCUAAACUUACUAUUUUUAAUUCUACAGAAUUACUGGAGAAUGUAAAAUUAAUACAUAAACCAGUAUCUUUGCAACCACGAGGGCUGAUCAAUAAAGGAAACUGGUGCUAUAUCAACGCUACACUGCAGGCUUUGGUUGCUUGCCCUCCAAUGUAUCACCUAAUGAAGUCAAUUCCAGUGUAUUCAAAAUCACAGCGGCCAUGCACCUCAACACCAAUGAUAGACAGUUUUGUUCGUCUAAUGAACGAGUUCACUAAUAUGCCAGUACCUCCUAAAGCAAAACAAGCUUUAGGUGAUAAAAUUGCGAGAGACAUCCGGCCUGGAGCUGCCUUUGAACCAACAUACAUCUAUAGACUGCUCACGGUUAUCAAGUCAAGCCUGUCAGAAAAGGGCAGACAAGAAGAUGCUGAAGAAUACCUGGGAUUUAUCCUAAAUGGGCUACAUGAGGAAAUGCUGACCCUAAAGAAACUUCUUUCCCCACACAAUGAAAAAAUCUGUGUUUCCAAUGGUCCCGAGACACAAUCUGUAAAUGAAGAGGAGGAUCAGGAUGAACAAGGAGAAGGUAGUGAGGAUGAAUGGGAACAAGUCGGGCCCCGCAACAAAUCAUCAGUUACUCGACAGGCUGACUUUGUUCAGACUUCUAUUACUGAUAUUUUUGGUGGUCACAUAAGAUCUGUGGUUUACCAGCAGAGUUCUAAGGAGUCUGCCACUCUGCAGCCAUUUUUCACUCUACAACUGGAUAUCCAGUCUGACAAGAUACGCACAGUCCAGGAUGCAUUGGAAAGCUUGGUGGCAAGAGAGUCUGUCCAGGGUUACACCACAAAAACCAAACAGGAGGUGGAGAUCAGUCGAAGGGUGACCCUAGAAGAGCUCCCUCCUGUUCUUGUGUUACACCUCAAAAGAUUUGUAUAUGAGAAAACUGGUGGAUGCCAGAAGCUGAUCAAGAAUAUUGAGUAUCCCGUUGACCUGGAAAUUAGUAAAGAGUUACUAUCUCCAGGUGUGAAAAGCAAGAUUUUUAAAGGCCAAAGAACCUACCGGCUCUUUGCAGUUGUCUAUCAUCAUGGAAACAGUGCAACUGGUGGCCAUUACACUACAGACGUCUUCCAGAUUGGUCUUAAUGGCUGGUUACGCAUUGAUGACCAAGCAGUCAAAGUGAUAAAUCAGUACCAGGUGGUGAAGCCGUCUGCUGAACGCACAGCCUACCUCCUGUACUAUCGCCGAGUUGACCUGCUGUGAAACUUCCCUCUUUAUGCUGUGUGUGCAAGAUACCUGCUUUGUAGAACGCCAACUAUCACUAACUUUUUUCCUCCUUUAAAUGCUCGGUUGAGUGAAUCCUUUUUUCCCUUGCAACUAUGGGCUAGAUGAAAAAGGAAACUACCUUGGGGGUUGUGCACAACAUAGUUUGUGUGUUGACUUUUGACUUUCCAGAAUGAAGUCAUUUGGUUGAAAGACUCAGUCUCACAAAUCACAAAAAGAUAAAAUAUCUCUGAGUUAAUGCUGAAUCCUAAGAUGAUAAAGGGGGUUUGCAUUUGAGUCCCACUUUUGAAUUGCGUAGUAGAAGAAAACCCUGCACCAGCAACAAAACUUGUAGAUUUCUGUGAAAAUAAGUUUUAUCUUUACUUAAAUAAAAAAAAAACUAAAAAAAAAAAACCAAAAACCUCUCUGCUCCCCCAGUAGUUUUUGAUAAAUGGUAAAACAUGAGCCAGAGGGUAUCAGGAGACAAUGGUUCUGUGUGCUUCAAAACAAUGUACAAAAAAGUACAAAAUGGAGAGUUGCUGGUUCCUAAUAGGAAAAAAAACACAUUUUAAUAAUUGUGCGAUGAGAAACUGCUUAAGUACACAUUGCAGAUCAAAUAUUUGGAGUUAAAAUGUUAGUCUAUAUAGAUGGGUGAUUGUAACUUUAUUGCUAUUAAGAGAUUUCAAACGCAUUUAUGCUUCUGUGUACACAAGAUUUUAAAAAAUGGGCAAAAUAAUGAAGAUUGAUAUUUCUUUAAGUCUGCUUUGUUUAAUUUUGCUGUCUGCUCUCCUAUAAUGUUGAAUUCCUAAUUGUACACAGUUUAGUGAUAUCUAGGAGUAUAAAGUUGUUGCCCAUCAAUAAAAGUCACAAAGUUGGUUUAAA